GUGAAGGAAAUCUUGUGUUCGAUCAACUUCAAACCAGCGCUCAACUGAAACGGGCAGGCGCAAUCUGUCAGCCCUCUGUCAGUGUUACGAACUUGAAGCUCUGAGCAAGGAGGUUCCGAAUCCCAGCGGUCAGCCACAGAUCCAUGAUGCCAGGACCGUGCGAGCUGCAUAAAUCUUUGUGCAGGCGCUUUGCAGGCAAUUGUGUCAGCCGGGCUCUUCGUGGAUGAAGCCUUGGGUAGAGACGUGAAUCUCUUUCAAUGAACGAAAGUAUCAUGCUGGUAUCAUUUCUGGUGUACUUGCUAUCCCAAAGGCCAGUUGCAAGCUUGUUCACAGAGAAGCGAGACAUAUCCUAGCUCAUGUCCAAUUCGUCGUGUACACAGCACGGUGACAGUGAUGGCUUUCUUCUUCAGACUUUUGCCAGGCUGCAGAGCAGCCUUGAGGACACCCCAAAGAAGCCCUUCACUUGUCCGACAUCUCUCGCUCUUUGAUAGGAAACUCUGGAGUGGGGGCCGUCAAAAGCAAACAAGCGACGACGCCAGAGAAGCAAACAAGCCUGGGCAAAGGGGGGCCAAUGUAAAGCACACGGGUGAAAAGGGCUCCUCAAGAGCUCUGGCAAGAGUGGCAACGCCAGUAUCAGCUGCAAACAAAGAGCUGUCCUUGGAGUCUGGUGUGCGUCCGUUGAAUGAGGUGCAUCCUGGAGCAGUGUUGUCAGAGGUUGUGGUGACAUCCACUGAACACGAGAAGCUGUGUGCCAUGUGCCUGAAGUUGCGCAGCCGGCGCGACUUCAAGAAGCUGCGCUCGUCCCCAGACGGCGUGCACUACCUCUGCCGGGGAUGCCUCUCGCAGGUCUCCCGAGCGCGGAGGCGCCUUGCGGCGGUUGUUCCCAAGGGGCAAGCAUACUGUCCCUGUUGCGGCGAGUCACGAGACUUGGCAAGUUGAGUAGAAGGCGGUUCCCCAAUUGAAGCCAACUAGAUAGUUUGCGGGGCACCUUGCAUCUGAGCGGAUGUCGCCUAAGGACAUCAGGCUGCUGAAAGCCCUUAUCCCGAGGUCAGGGUUGCGUAGUUCGCGGGCCCUUGGACAGUCAGCAAGCAUAUAACCUCUCUGGAAGUCAUUCUAGCGCGGUCGCUCUCGUCUUGGGGAAGAAGUCAUACCGACCAGCUCCGAGUAUAGUACGCCAUCAGCGCUCCUUGAAUGUUCUCCACCUGUCAACCGUAGUCAAAGUUGGAAACCUGAAAUGGCUGACAUGCUCAACCUCCCGAGGGCGCUGAGCAGCGGAGAAGCAGAGCAGGGCGAAGACGUUGGCUGUUGCAGAGCCUCGUCCGUUUUUGUAGCCCCAACACCGAGACAACCUCAAACUCCCCUCAAGGCAUGCUCGGUUCCCUCGGAGGGCCGCAAAACGGAAGAGACGGAACGAGGGAAGCAGAACACGACGGUAACCGAGACCAUCAAGGGGCGGCGGCUGGGCACCGGACUGGGACGCGGAGAUGCCAUCUGAACCAGUGAAGGUUUCAGCAGUAAUUACGACACAAACGGCAAGUAGAUUGGAAAGGGGGGGAUUGC